AUGGACCUGGUGCAAGAAACCUUUGAAGAAGAGGAAGCCUCAGUGAUCCUCCAAACCCCCAUUAACUCCUUGAAUUCCAAGGACAAGCUCAUAUGGCAUGGCACAAAAAAUGGCUAUUUCUCAGUAAAGAGUGCAUAUCACAUGGAGAAAGCAAAGGAAAUGGAAGGAAGAGGCCAAGCUUCAACCAGUAAAACAUUUAAAGAAAACAUGACCAAAGCUCUAAAUGACUCAGAGCUGCAAGAAUUUGUGAUGGUAGCUAGACAAUUAUGGCUGAGAAGAAAUUCUAUCAUUUUCAAAAACAAAUUCCUACCUCCAAACUGUCUACUCAGAGAAGCCAGUUUGAGACUACAGCUACUAAAAGAAGAUGAGGACAAAAUUCAGACUCAAAAGGAGGGCCAACAGACAAAGAAUUCAGCUGAGAAGUGGCAAAGUCCUCCUGCAAACUGGUUUAAAGUCAACUGGGAUGAGGCAAUAGACAAAACAAAAUGCAUGAUUGGCAUAGGUAUAGUAUUAAGGGAUGAGAAAGGUCAAAUCAUAUCAACAAUGAGGCACAAGAAGAUGCAACUCCCUGAUCCUCUCCUAACAGAAUCUUAUGGAGCUUUAGUAGCUAUUCAGUUUACCAAGGAUCUAGGAUUGACACAAAUUGAAUUGGAGGGUGACUCACUCCAGGUAACAAAGGCACUACAGGAAGAAAAUGAAGCAUGGAGUAGCAGCAGUAUGUUUAUCGUUGAGACUAGAAUUUGGCUUAAAACUUUUUCAAUGUGGCAUGUUUCUCAUGUUAGGAGGAAUGGUAACAACAUAGCCCAUUUGCUAGCAAAAGGAUCUCUUAGCAUUUUUGAUGUUUAA